AAUUCUUGUGUUAACUGUAAUCGGUAAUAGAAUAUCUACUGUCUGUCUGUCUACACCAAACGGACACAUGAGACUGCAGGAAAACAGUCAUGGCGGAGCGAGUGACAUUAAUCUUAAUUUUUACUGGAAUUGUAACACAGUGUGCUGCCGAGGGUAAAAGCGCAACUCCAAUAUGUGGAAUCCUCAAUAGUCGACCAGAUACCACAAGUGACUACUCUGAGAAGUACUGCAUACUCUUUUACAAAGCAAUCCAUCGCCUGGCUGUGGAUGAAGACUCGGCUCAAUACUUUCCUGUGUCUGAUGCAUUGGAAUGGGAUGUGUGUAAUGAGACAGAAUCCCCACCUGCAACCCUUGACAUAGAAAAUAGAUACAUCUUUGUCUCCUCAGACAACAACUGUUCUCACUUGGAGAGAGCCAGCCGAGUCCAGAGCUUGGGAGGUGCUGGCACCUUAAUUGUGAGAGAGAAACUACAAGCACCAAGACAAAAUGACACAAACUACAACUUCACUCUUGCCUUUGUCCAAAACUCCAGCUAUACCAAGAUCAUGGAUGCAGGGGACAAUGUGACAGUUGGCCUGUACUCCCCAGAGGACAGUGUGAUGCCUGUCAGUCUUCUUAUUAUUUGGAUUAUGGCUGUCUUCUCCAUUGCUGUUGGUGCCUUCUGGUCUGGAAAAGUACGCCACAAGUUAUACUUGAGUGAGCAGUUCGGGCAGGAGGUUGAAGUUAAUGAGGAGGCUAGUCACCCCGUCUUCAUCCUGUUGUGGUGCCUGUGUAUGAUGUUGCUCAGUCUCUACUUUUUGUAUGAUUACUUGGUGUAUGUGAUCAUUGGCAUGUUCUGCAUUGCAUCAGGUGUAGCAGUGUUCUGCUGCUUACAACCAAUCAUAUCACUAAUCCCAUGUGGAAGUUGCAGUACUCCAUACUUCAACAUCUACAUUGUACGUGGAACAAUGGAGGUGCGGAAUAUCUUCUUGUUGAUAUUCUCCCUUGGAUUGCCUGUUGUAUGGGCUGUGAUGAGGAAGGAACCUUGGGCUUGGAUACUACAAGAUAUUCUUGGUAUUGCCUUUAGCAUUAACAUGCUGAGGAUGAUUCGUUUGCCAAGUCUCAAGAUCUGCACCAUCCUUCUCUGUGGCCUUGUUAUAUAUGACAUCUUUUUUGUGUUCAUCACCCCAUUCAUUACAUCGGAUGGGCAGAGCAUUAUGGUAGAAGUUGCUAAAGGUGGAGCAAGCAAGGAACAGCUGCCUAUGGUACUCAAGGUUCCAAACCUUGCAUACCUUGAGAUCUCCACUAUCUGUCAGCUCACUGAUAACUUCAACCUCCUUGGCUUUGGUGACAUCCUUAUCCCAGGCCUCCUAGUGUCCUUUGUUCAUUCGUUUGAUCUUCGAGUUGGCACUCCUUGCCGACUCUACUAUCUAGUGAAUCUGAUUGGCUAUGGAACUGGGCUUGUGGUGACAUUCAUUGCACUGUGGCUACUGAAUGAGGCACAACCAGCAUUAUUAUACUUAGUGCCAUUCACUCUCCUCCCCACCUAUAUUGUGGCUGCAAUCAGAGGAGAGGUUGUAGCCAUGUGGCAUGGAGACUCCAACAAGUUUGAGAGUGAAAGAGAGGAUGAUGUAGAAUCUGCAGAUGACGAUGUUCCCAAUGGUACUGCACCUGUCAACACUUGAAUUCUUGCAUCUGAACCGAACUUCCAGUCAACUCCAUCAUGAGCAAUUAAUCAACUCAUAUCUCUUACAGCAAUCACGAGAACCUGAGAAAUAAUUGGAAGUAAAACAGACAGAAAAAUAAAUUUGUGGUAGAUACUGUACCCUGUAGUUGAAAAGAUAAAGGUAACAAGCCUACCCUGGUUUAAUGUCACUGGCAGAAUUAUCACUAUACUAUACGGUAUAUAUAUAUAUAUAAUAUAUAUAUAUAUAUAUAUAUAUAUAUAUAUAUAUAUAUAUAUAUAUAUAUAUAUAUA